CCACCAGAAAGUAUUCUUAACGUCUAUCAACUAGGUUUCGGGACUGUAUGUGGGAUAUGUACUGGAGUAUUUGUCAAAAAAGGUUUGAGAGCUUUAGCUUUUGUACUAGGAGGAAUUUUUGUUCUACUCCAAUACCUCAGUUCUAGAAAGUUCAUUUCGGUCGAUUGGGCGAGAUUAGCGGGAAAGUACGAUGAAACAUUUGGUACUCCCUCAGCUUCUGGGAAUAAGGCGACACCGACCAUACAAGCUGCUUGGAAUUGGUUUGUCGAUUUUGUUACUGCUAACUUUCAACAACGAGCGAGUUUCAUCGCGGGCUUGGUAUUGGGUAUCCGACUGGGUUGA